CUUCUACUCUCCAACAGUCAUCUUAGUGUCAUUAUGGAAUCUCGAGAUGGACACCGAAUUCGGCGAAAUCAUCUCAUCCCCGCUCUUUACCUUCAUCGUUGGCAAAGCAAAGAAAGAAAUCACGGUGCAUUCCGAGGCCCUGGCCAGCCUGUCCCCCACCCUGGACAAACUGAUCAAUGGCGAGAUGAUUGAGGCCAAAACUCGUCGGGUUGACUGGUCGGAGGUAACCGAGGAAGCCACGUUCCUGCGACUGUGCGAAUAUGCUUAUGUGCGCAACUACACUCCGCCGUCGUGCGCGGAGAGAGAGAUAGUCCCGUCACGCAUGUCAGUAUCGCGGUUGCCCGAACAGCCGGCAGAGCCGGAACCUCUAGCUGAAUCUCCAGAUCCCGGUGAUGCGGGUGUCGUCGACCCGGUGGUCGCGGUGAAAGCAGCGGAACCCUCGGAUUCUUUUAACAAUCACGUUCUCCCGCGCUCGAAAAAGAAAAGAUUCUUAAACAUGCGUCACCGGGUCGGGUUCGAGAAACUCGUGGAGCAGCACUGGCACGACGAGGUCGGGCGAGAAGCCAAAUAUGCUCCCCAAGGGAACUCACACCCUCGCGAAGACUUUACGACUGUCUUUCUUGAACAUGCGGAACUCUAUAUCCUAGCGGACAGAUACGGUAUCUUCUUGCUCAAGGAGCUCGUCAGGCAUAAACUGGCCACAACAUUGACGAAGUUUACCUUGUGUCAACACAAUGUUAUCGACCUAGUCGAGCUGAUCCGUGUGUUGUACCAAAGUACCUUGCCGAGUGACGCUAUGAGGAAUGUGCUCACGAGCUAUGUUGUAUCAGCGGUUGAUCAGUUAGGGGCAAGCACUGAUUUUCAAAGGUUAUUAGCGGAGGGCGGAGAUGUUGUUCUUGAUUUCUGGCAGGCUUUGUGGGAAGGCUAA